AUGAUAUUAGAAACCUUUAGCAUUAACUCAUCAUAUAAAAUUCUUUUAGGCCGUGGCUAUCAAAGCACAUGGGUAGGCAUGAAAAGUAAACGUAUUCAUUACAAUGAUUCUGAUUUUAUGAGAAAUUCGUUGAUAUUUCACAACAGAUUUUGCAGUACUAAUGCACAUUAUGCGUCAAAUACAAGCUUCAUUGUACAUGAUUAUUCAUCAACAGCACGAAAAAUGCAUGCUCACUGUUGGAACGACACAACAACUUUCGAUAAUCGUUUGUAUCGAACAACUCCAGACGUUUGUGGCUAUACUGAAUGUAUUUCUCCAUAUCGCCUGAAAGAUGGAAGUCCUGAAUGUGAAGGAUAUCCAGAUGAACGUCAAUCUGUUCAAAGCUCAUGUGAAUCAAAUCGAAAAUAUCGUUUUCAAUGCUUAGAGGACAAAGAAACAUGUAUAUUAGCCAGUGAAGUUUUUGUAUUUCGUGACAAUUGCUCAAAUACUAUUCAAAAUGGACUACCGCUUUCAUCAUUGGUUUGUAAAACACGAUAUGAUCCAGAUUGUCCAAUUUUGAAGCAUGCUAUUGCUAUGUCAUCGGAUAAAAAGCAAUCAUCAUUAUUUAACUCGAAUGUAAAUAGUGAACCAAGCUUUAGCAACAAAGUACCUUCAUUUCACCAGUAUUGUGAUACUUUCUUUGAUUUUAAAAGUGGCAUGGAUGAAUCACAUGAAACGUGUCAGAACUGGAUAUGCUUGAAAGAAGAAUUUCAAUGUUUAACAGGACAAUGUAUUCCGAUUCAAUGGAUUUGUGAUGGUCAGUAUUUCAACUGA